AUGAAACUGAAAGCUGGAUAUUGUGUAUACUUGGAGACCUACAAUUGUUGGAUCAUUGAAGCAGCCAGGAAGGGUGAGGGAAUGCUAGGAAGGUUGAGGCAGUCUGUUGACCAAUAUGGUCCAACAGCAAACCAGACCUACCAAACUCCCCAUAGAACAAAUGGAGAUAGCUUCACCUUCAAUGGCUUCUCCAUUCCAAAGGGCUGGAAGUUGUACUGGAGUGCAAACUCUACACACAAGAAUCCGGACUACUUCCCUGAACCUCAGAAGUUCGAUCCCAGCAGGUUUGAAGGACGUGGACCUGCUCCUUACGUAUAUGUUCCAUUUGGAGGAGGACCAAGGAUGUGCCCUGGAAAAGAGUACGCCCGUUUCGAAAUACUUGUUUUCAUUCACCAUUUGGUGAAAAGGUUCAAGUGGGAUAAACUCAUUCCUGAUGAGAAAAUCGUAGUUGAUCCCAUGCCUAUUCCUGCAAAGGGUCUACCUGUUCGCCUUUUCCCUCACAAAGCUUGAGGAUCUGUUGG